AUGACGAAAAAAGCACUUGUUUUUAUUUCCAAUGGAAGCGAAGAAAUCGAAGCAGUAACAACAAUUGACGUACUUCGACGAGCUGAAAUUGAAGUUGAUGUUGUAUCAAUUGAAGCCAAUGGUCAUGAUGCCGUAAAAUGUAGCCGUAAUGUUUAUGUGGUACCUGAUAAAUCAUUAGAUGAUAUAAAAAAUAAUCAAUACGAUUGUGUUGUCAUACCUGGUGGAAAUGAUGGUUCGAAAGCAAUGGCUGCUAAUGCUCAAGUUGGACAAAUUUUAACAAAACAUUAUCAAGAUGGGAAAGUUGUUGCUGCUAUUUGUGCUGGGCCACGAGCAUUUUUAGCUCAUAAAAUUGGUAUUGAUCAUAAACAUACUAUAACAUGUUAUCCAACUGUACGCAAGGAAUUCACCGAUGGUGAACCGUAUAAACUUGAUACACCUGACCACCUUGUUUGUCAUAGUACACAUACAGAAAAAGAUGCCGAAGGAAAAGUAUAUCAUUUGGUUACUAGUCAAGGACCUGCUACAACAAUGCUUUUCGCAUUGAAAUUAAUUGAACUUCUAAAAGGUCAAGAUGAAGCAACGAAAGUCAAAGAUGGAUUACUUGUUUAA